AUGGCAGUAGUAUACACAGUACUGGAAUAUACUGCUGAAAACUCUGAUUGCGUGACCAUCAGGUACCUGUGGCUCAGAAGGCGGGUUGGAAGACGUGUCAUCCUCAACGGACCCAUAUUUCUGGCUGCUUCUAUUAUUUCACGGAAGAAGGCCAAAGAGGCACUUGCGGCUUCAUCCGUCAAGGUAGCUGCGCGAGACGUGGUGGCAACAUGGAAAGUUUUGAUCUCGCUUGGUGCAGCUCCAUUGUUAUACACAUUCUAUGCCAUUCUCGCUACAGUAGUUGCCGUCAAAGCUCACGUUCCGUUUGCCUGGAGGAUUUGGACCCCAUUCCUAGUCAUGAUGAUGUUACCGAUGGUAGGAUUUGCUGCAUUGAAGUUUGGCGAAGCUGGGAUGGACGUGUUGAAAUCGUUGAGACCGCUGGUUGUUGCGCUGGUGCCUGGGCAACAGCGAUCGCUCAACAGGUUGAAGGUGAUGAGAGUCGAGGUUGCUAACGAGUUAAUUGAGGUUAUCAAUGAAUUCGUGCCCCAGCUAUAUGGAGAAAAGUUCGACGAGUGGCAGAUCUUGAUACCGUCUGCCAGCGUUCCUCCUUCCGGAGAAGUAGGAUGGGGCAAGAGCACCACUGCCGGAGUCGAAGCCCAGGGUAAUUUGCUCAACCACCCCAUGACUUGGCUUGACGAACGUCUAUUCGGCUGGAGCGCCACCGCCAAGCGCGGCACGAGCGCUUGGGCUGGCACACCAACUCAAGAAAUUAGCAGGGCUGCUACUCCGGAUGGCUCAGAUGAAGAGGAGGGUGACUACGACAACGUCUUGGGCUACCUCGAGGGGAACACCCAGACGCUCCGUGCAAGAUUUCGAAGUCAUCAGAGUUCCUAUGCAGAUCUGCAGAGACUACGGAAGACUUCCAGCGCCAGUAAUGCUCUUCGACCAUUACCGGAGAAGAGGUUUCUCUGGAGACUGACGGAUUGCACUUUCGACAGCGUACGAGGAAGUCGAGUCUAUCUGACACUGUUCCUGUGUUGCGAAUAG